UGGUUAGUCAUUUUUGUUGCUGUUGGUGGUGGUACGGAUAAUUUUUUAUCUCUGGAAUGAGUUUUCGGAAGAAAGUGGAUCUGGACAAUGAUAUUUGGGAAGACGUAAGUACUAAAGCUCACAGUUCAAAAGAGUCAUCGUCUUUGGAGAACCCAACAGAAAGUUUGGAAGGUCAAUUUGUUAGUUCUUACGCUGGUUCACCAACUUUAGUGGACAAAGAAGUUUCGAGCUCACCUAUGAUAAGAACAACGACGUUGGAAACCGAGAAUGAGGUUUCUACCAGUCAUUCCUUGUCUGUUAUUGGUGAAGAAAGGGGUGUGGUUUCUUCAAAUGAUCCUUGGUCUGAACAGAGCGUGGAAUUGUUACGUGAGCAGUUACGAAGUCUUAGUGAAGUGAAUCAUCAACUUUCCAAACGAUUAGAAGAGGAGAGUGAAAGAGCUUCCGCAUCGGAGAGUGGGCGAGUGGAACUAGCUUCGAAAGUGGCUAUGUUGGAGAAAAAGCUAGCAGCUGUAGUGAAAGAAAGGGAGUCUCUGAAAAGAGAGAGGACAACGAAGAACACGGAUGUGGAGCUGUUGAAAGAAAAGGAUGCACAGAUUGAACAAAUUUUGGAAGAAGGGGAAAAACUAUCGAAAAAAAUACUGGAGAAAGAGCAAUAUAUUAAAAAAAUUCGUAGCAAAGUUCAAGAGUUGGAGAAAGAUAAGGAGAGUCAGAAAAACAAGAUACAAGAGUUGGAAGGAAGGAUUCAAAAGCUGAAUGCACGAUGUUCGACGUUGGAAAAUAGUGAAAAGUCGCUUCAGGAAGCUUUGUGUGAAAAGGAACAGAAACUGAAAGAGAAUAUGGAAAGUGUUCAGAAAUUGGAAGAAACAGAAGCAACCUUGUCUGUGAUGAAGCAGGAAUUGGAAGAUUGGAAGAAAAGAUACCAACAAGAUUUGGAAAGCAAGGAAAAGGAAUGGCGUCAACAAGCUGAGUCUCUUUUAAACUCGGUCGCUAUGGAGGCAAGCCGCAAACAAAAAGGCUUGGAACAGGAAAUAGAGCUACUACGUAGUAGAGUUGACGAAGUUUUAGCAUCAGCUUCUUCUAAGGAAGAUGAAUGGAAACAGCAAUUGGAACAAUAUCAAAGGAGAUGCCGGGACCUAGAAGAACAAUUAGAAAGUUAUUCUUUAUCGUCUCCAAAAGCGGACCAGUUGCGAACGACCGAAAUGGAACAGUUUCACAAACACUACGCGGAACUUCUUCAACAAUCUAGAGUUGUGGAGGAUUCAUUGUAUGAAAAACUGAAACUUGCUCACUCCGAGAAGAGCCAGAUCGAAACGGAGUGCAACUCAUUAAAGAAAGAAAUUUCCUGUUUGCACCAUGAAAAGAAAGCAAUUGAAGAACGAGAACAAGAAGAAGCUGCUCGUAUCCAACAACUAAUCACUGAACGUGAUAGGUUACUGACAGAACUUGAAAAUGUGAAACAAGAGUUUCAUUCAUCUCGUCAGAGUUUUGAGGAUCUUAUCCAACAAUACCGUUUUGAAAUCAGUGACUUGAAAUCUUCUCUCUAUGCGGAGAGACAAUGGAAGCAUAGUCAAAAGUCAAAAAAUGCAGCCUUGGUCAACAGCAGUGUUCAAACCACUGAUUUAGUAGUUGCAAGACAGAAGCGCGAUAUUUUUGAGCAGCAUCAUUAUAAUCCUCAAGAAAGAGUAGAUAAGGCUUCCGUAUAUGCUCGUAGUAGUGAUGCCGUUAAAGAGUUGGAAGGAAUGAAUUUUAAUGCAUACAGUUUUGAACGCUUGAAAUUCUUAGUGCGACAGUUGUUUGGGGAUAUGGAAAUGUUGCAUGAGGCAUUCAAUCAUUUGGAGGGAGAACAUCAACAUACCAUUGACCAAUUGAAUCAAUAUAAAGAGUAUAAAGAGUUGUACGAUGAACAAAAAGAAAGGAUGAGUGCCUUACAACGGGAAUUGGAAGAGUUGAAGGUCCGUUACAGCGCCACUCUGGAAAUCCUGGGAGAACGAGAUGAGAAGGUACACGAAUUGGAGUCGGAUGUAGAAGACUUGAAGACUGCGUAUCGAGACCAGAUUAAUUAUCUUUUGUCAAAACUGAAUGUACAGCAAUAGCAUGAUGUUUGCAUUUUAGCCACAGUUUAUGAGAUGUUGAUUGUUGUGUAUAAUAUGUAAUGCAAACUUUUCAACGCGCUUGACGCAAGUAGUGAACUAGGCAUUUUAUUAUGAAAAUAUUUAUUUUGUUCGAGUGACAAAAGAUAAUAUGAUAUAUGUGUG